AUGCCCUUCGCGGAUGUGGCUGCGGCGUGGCUGGGAUACGCAGUCAUCGCAGGAGCGUGUGUUGUGAAGCUUCCGCAGAUCUACUUGAUGGUAAAGAACCGGAGCGCAGAGGGCUUGUCUGAGACUUCAGCAGCGCUCGAUGCCAUAGCCGCCAGUUCCUUCUCCUACUACAACUUGCUCAAGGGAUUCCCCAUAUCUGGCUGGGGCGAACAAGGGAUAGUUGCCGUUCAGGCCACUGUUGUCCUACUUUUGAUAUGGGUAUACCGUGAGGGAAUCCGACUGAAAAGGCGAUUCUGUGCCUUGGUGGCAUGGUUGGCCAUGAGCAUGCUUCUGCUCAAAGAAGGCCACAAAGAGGACUACAAGUACAUUCUUGUGAUUCUGGGAACCUCACCGACUUUCAUGACUGCAGUUUCGCGAAUUCCCCAGAUUUUCCUGAACUGGCAAAAUGGUCACACUGGACAGCUGUCGGCCAUUACUUUCUUCUUGCAGUUUCUGGGUAGUGUGGUGCGCUUUCUAACCACGCUGCAGAUCAUGGGUAAGGACGUGCUGUCCUUAGUAUCGCAUGCAACAGGAGCCAUUUUCAACCUCAUUGUCGUUCUACAAAUCUAUUCGCACAGUACUCCGUCUGACGGCAGAGCUGCCAGACCUUGCAAAGCAGUGGCUAUCGUGAUGGCCACUGAUAAAGAAGUGUAG